GUCGCCAAUCAGCGGGCGUGUUGGGGAGGAGCGCACUAACGCCAGUGGGUUUGGUUGCACGGCGGCUUUGGCGCAUUUUCGGCUGGUUUGAUUCAUCCAUUUUGAAGAGACGGGGGAGCGGGGGGCUCGUCUGUUCCAGGGGCCCUGAACCAAAGAGCAGCGGAGUUUGAGAAGCCUGCAGCUCGGGGUUCGGCGGCAGCGGUCCCAUCGGCUGAAGUUCGGGGGGGGUGGGGCGCCGAGCGCGCGGGGUGGGGGGGGUCCUGGUCUUUGGCUUCUCGACUCGGUCCUGUUUCGACAGCGAACAUGUCGCGGCCUGUCAGAAAUAGGAAGGUUGUUGAUUACUCACAGUUUCAGGAAUCUGAUGAUGCAGAUGAAGAUUAUGGAAGAGAUUCGGGCCCUCCCACUAAGAAAAUUCGAUCAUCUCCCCGAGAAGCUAAAAAUAAGAGGCGAUCUGGAAAGAAUUCACAGGAAGAUAGUGAGGACUCAGAAGAAAAAGAUGUGAAGACCAAGAAGGAUGAUUCUCACUCAGCAGAGGAUAGUGAAGAUGAAAAAGAAGAUCAUAAAAAUGUGCGCCAGCAACGGCAGGCAGCAUCUAAAGCAGCUUCCAAACAGAGGGAGAUGCUCAUGGAAGAUGUGGGCAGUGAGGAAGAACAAGAAGAGGAAGAUGAGGCACCGUUCCAGGAGAAAGAUUCCGGCAGCGAUGAAGAUUUCCUGAUGGAAGAUGAUGAUGAUAGUGACUAUGGCAGUUCAAAAAAGAAAAACAAAAAAAUGGUUAAGAAGUCCAAACCUGAGAGAAAAGAAAAGAAAAUGCCUAAACCCAGGCUAAAGGCUACAGUGACGCCAAGUCCAGUGAAAGGCAAAGGGAAAGUGGGUCGCCCCACAGCUUCAAAGGCAUCAAAGGAAAAGACUCCUUCUCCCAAAGAAGAAGACGAGGAACCGGAAAGCCCGCCGGAAAAGAAAACAUCUACAAGCCCCCCACCUGAGAAAUCUGGGGAUGAAGGGUCUGAAGAUGAAGCCCCGUCUGGGGAGGAUUAAAAGUGAUGAUGGUCUGGGGAGAGAUUUUAUUAAAAAAAAAAAAGAAAAAAAAAAGAAAAAGGAGGGAAAAAAAGAACGUGCUUAUGAUAGAACAUGGUUUUGGCUAUGGCUUGACUCAUGGAUUUUCAGUGCUUUUUUCCAUUUGUUGAAAGUAACAUUUCUCUCUCUUUUUUUUUUUUUUUUUUUUUUUUAAAAAGCAAACCAUUGUAUGUUUAAGUGUUUAAGUUACCUUUUUGUUUAUUGGUCUCUUUGCCAACCCUCCCCUUUCCCAAUGAAAGCCAUGUCAAAUUAAUCACUGGAUUGACUGCUUCAUCUUUUUAUUUUUAAUGAAAGGUGUACCACAGUUGUAAAGCAAUAAGAUUUGAGAUGAACAUUAUGGAAAAUUUGCUCUUUGAUAAAUGAUAGCAAGUUGAAUAGUAAUCAAAAACACAGCAAGAUUUUAGUUCAAAAUGAUUACUCCUUUCGCUACCUGGACUUUUAAAAAAAUCAAUUGUUAUCUAAUACAAGUUUAUUUGUCUGUAGACACAAAUAUCAAUGUCUAAAAAAUCAUGUACUUUAAACUUCCACUAAUGAGGCAGAUAAGAGAUAAAUAUGAAUUCUGAACUGUUACUAAAAGUACUCAUUUUUUACCUUGUGGGGAGGGUGGGCAAUAGCAUUAUCUGACCUUAUUUGAGGGUAUGGGCUUUCUUUUUGAUUUCAUCACUUGUUAUCUCAAAAAGACUCGGAGCCAGUGAUCCUGUUAUCCUGCUACAGUCUUUAGGGAGUUUAAAAAAAAAAAAAGCAGGGCUGCCAAAACUGAAAUCACUCUUGAUUUCAUAUUUCCUUCUCUAAAUAUAUAUGUAUCCUGUUUUUUGGAUAAAAUUUUACCAAGGAUCCAAAAAAAAAAACCACCCUAGAAUUUAAUUGACAAGAUCAGUCUACACGUCACAGUGGCUUUCUUCUCAAACUGACAAUGUUUAGGUUUUAAGCAAAUAAAAUUCCAGUUAAUGCAAAACUCAGUCAUAAAGAGUUGAGAUUUUUUCCUUUAUGAAAUAGAAUUAACAUUCUUUUAUGCUAUAAAUGUGCUUUCAGGUCCCAUGAACCCUGCUCUCCUUUCAUUUGGAGACAGAACGUUUUCUUUUUCAUAUCCCGAUCUUCCUAUUUCUUCAUAGAAACGUGAUAUGAAUGCAUCCCUGUGAUCCUGCUGCUUCGUAGGGCACCACUGCACACCCUACCCCCAGUGCCGACCGCCUCUGCUAUAGGACGCUAUCUUGCUGGCCCUGUUCUUCACUUACUUCCCAUCCUGUCCUUGACUAGGAAUGUGUUAAAUGCUGCUCCCAUAUGAUUCAGUUGGCUCUUGUCUUUUUGGUUGGUCCAGCCCCUGCUUCACCGCUCAUGCUGCUUGAAGCAGGAGCGACUAGAGAAAGCAGGCAUUUUAGCAGGCUUGUGUGCAGUUGAUGACAGGCUUUUUACCUGCCUGAUAAAAGCAGUCAGGAGAUAGAUCCAUAGGUUUGAUCCUUCACAUCUGAUACCAGGCGCUUAUGGGAGCAAGGUUUAAAGGGUCCUGGUAUGCUAAGUGAAAAAUUAGUGAAGUUUAA